UUCGGCGGAAAUUGGAUGGGUGGGAGCUCAUUGUAAACACUCUAUAAAUGCGAAGACUUCAUAAGCAGAUAUACACAACCAAGAACCUCCUACUUUACGUAGAAGACAUCAUUUCUAUCGUGUGCACUAGUAAAGCACACGCUCUGUUCAAAAGGAAGCAAGAGCUUAUCAACAAAAUGCAACUUUUACAUGCAUUAUUACUCACAGUCGUCGUUCUUUCCAUCUUCAUCCAUGAUGUCGCAGCGUCUUCAGAUCUAUCAAGUACUGACGACUUCCCUACAAUGGACCUCAGAUCUUUAGCAGCUAAGCGAUUCAUGCAACUCAAACGGGGCAAUAAUCUUUGUGGCAUGUCGUAUUACGGCUGCAGAAAAAAUGGGAAACGCAGAAAAAAGUCAUGGAUGCCUCCACUUCGCAACAUGCGCGAUCAUGAAGAUCGUACCUUCGCGCAGAGACGUUGAUAGCGAAGAACGGCAAACAACUGGGAUCAAAAUUGAUCGCUCACCUUCAAACACUCACGAAAAUAUGAAUAAAACUAUCUAUAUUUAAUAUUCUUGAGUUAAGGCUUAUAGUUAAUAACUUGUUAUUUUUAAAAGCAUUAAAAUAUUUAGAAAUCAAUA